AAAACGGCCACGCGUGGGCUGCAAGAGCAACCGAUACACGCCCUGUUGACACCUCCCCUAGUUUGUGCAUAAAAAGCGAUGGAUUCUGUACGAGAGCGCGCUUGCCUCCACGUCAUCCAACGAGCUUGGCGAUUGUGUUGCCCACUGCCCAGAGCCUCUAUUGUGGUGACUCAGCAGCUCUUUUGUGCGACUUCCAAGGUUUCUCAGUCCGUCGUCCUCAACCUCUGCACCAUAUUCCUGGCUAAGAUGCUGACUGUGACUUUAGUUCUUGGUGCAAUGGUGGCAUUGGUUACAGCUGACGAUGCAGUUGCCCACUAUACCCAUACUCAUGCGUCAAAGUGUCCAGCCAACUGGAAAACACACAACCAACGAUGUUUCUACUUUGAAUCCUGCACCACAAAGAACUGGGUUAAUGCUGAGAGACAUUGCCAGACCAUGGGUGGGAACCUCGCAUCGAUACACCAGGAUGACGAGCAUAAAUUCCUUCAGACCUUGACUAAGUCAGAAGCAUGGAUUGGAGGUUCAGCAUGCCAAAUGGCUGGAAGCUGGUUUUGGAGUGAUGGCACGGACAUGUCAGAAACUUUCUGGUGUCCACAAAGACCAGACGACGCGCCAGAAGAGUGCUGUCUGCAGACCAACAGUCAAGUCGGCAAAUGCUGGGAUGAUGUCGCCUGUGACACACUACUGCCAUUUGUGUGUGCAAAGCCUCUUAAGACUGCAGGCUGACCUGGACCCAUGCAAGCAGAAGACUGCGGAUGGAUGGAUGGAUAGACAUUUACCAACUGGAGAACAUAAUGCAGACAUCUUUUUAUACAUGUAAUAAAUAUAUUGAGUAUACAA